AUGUAAUCUUACACCAAAAACAAAACGUAAACGUUGAUAAUAACCACAAUAAUUCUACUGACUUGAUAUCGAGAUUAAAAGCCAGGAUCUCUGUUUCCAUAUUCUUCCCACAGAAACACUUUUUUUUUCUGUUCUCUGCAAUGGCUAAACCAAUGGCUAUUGAGGUGUACAAUCCUAACGGGAAGUACAGAGUCGUCAGCACCAAACCAAUGCCUGGAACUCGUUGGAUCAACCUCUUGGUCGACCAAGGUUGUCGCGUAGAGAUAUGCCAUUUGAAGAAGACCAUCUUGUCUGUAGAAGACAUCAUUGAACUGAUUGGAAACAAGUGUGAUGGAGUCAUCGGUCAGUUAACAGAAGAUUGGGGAGAGACUCUGUUCUCAGCUCUGAGCAAAGCUGGAGGGAAAGUUUUCAGUAACAUGGCCGUUGGUUACAACAACGUCGACGUUGAAGCCGCCAAUAAGUAUGGUAUCGCCGUUGGUAACACUCCGGGAGUGUUGACUGAGACUACGGCUGAGCUAGCUGCUUCCCUUUCCCUUGCUGCAGCAAGAAGGAUCGUUGAAGCUGAUGGUUUCAUGAGAGCUGGCUUGUACGAAGGAUGGCUUCCUCAUUUGUUUGUGGGGAACUUACUUAAAGGACAGACUGUGGGAGUGAUUGGAGCUGGGCGUAUUGGUUCUGCUUAUGCUAGGAUGAUGGUUGAAGGGUUCAAGAUGAAUUUGAUCUACUUUGAUCUUUACCAAUCCACUCGUCUUGAGAAAUUUGUGACAGCUUAUGGACAAUUCUUGAAAGCAAAUGGGGAACAACCUGUGACAUGGAAACGAGCUUCUUCCAUGGAGGAGGUGCUACGAGAGGCUGAUCUGAUAAGUCUUCACCCUGUGUUGGAUAAAACCACUUACCAUCUUGUCAACAAGGAGAGGCUUGCAAUGAUGAAAAAGGAAGCAAUCCUUGUGAACUGUAGUAGAGGUCCUGUGAUCGAUGAGGUAGCUCUUGUCAAUCAUCUGAGAGAGAACCCAAUGUUCAGAGUUGGUCUUGAUGUGUUUGAGGAAGAGCCUUUCAUGAAACCAGGACUUGCUGAUAUGAAGAAUGCUAUUGUUGUUCCUCACAUUGCUUCUGCUUCCAAGUGGACUCGUGAAGGAAUGGCUACGCUUGCAGCACUCAACGUCCUUGGAAGGAUCAAAGGAUAUCCUAUUUGGAGUGACCCAAACCGGGUCGACCCGUUCUUGAACGAAAAUGCUUCACCACCCAAUGCUAGUCCAAGCAUUGUCAACUCAAAAGCCUUAGGAUUGCCUGUUUCGAAACUAUGAGUUAAAAAAGUAUGAAGAAGGGGGAGACUUGGAAGAAUCAUGUUAAUAUAUACCAUCUGAUGGUCUCAAGUUGUGUUCAUGUAAUGUAUUGCAACAACAAUGUUGGAUCUUAAAUAACUCUUUAAAGUGGUGUUAAGUUUGCUGAGUCUUGUACACACAUCAUGCUCUUCAUAUCAUGUUUUAUUUUGAAUUUUGCAUUAUCCACUUCUUUAUUCAUAAAAUUUGCUAUA